GCCUCGCUCGGCGCACAGCGCACGCGCACGCGACGCACCAGCCCCGCACCUCCCCGCACCGCUGAGCGCUCCACGUGUACACACAAGUGCUCCUAUGACAUUCAACGCCUAAGUUCAUUCAACAAUAUGCAAGAGCAAAGCUCAUCGCGAUCGAAGACUACACUGAACUCGCUGGAGAGCGCCAUCAUUAAGCUGAAAAACAACCUUCAGAUUCAAGACAGCAAGCCCGCUGCAGAUAUGAGUGGAUUGACCGUCGAACCCUCUCCGAUCGACGACACUAAAGGAAUAACAAGUAAGGCCAGCAGUUUGUCUCCUUCGAAUAUAAACUUGUCCAUAGCGUCUGCAGCGCUCCUACAAGAAAAUAUGUUGCAACGGUCAUUGCAAGGUGUGGUUCUUUCGCUGCAAAAUGCUAUGAUGAAUUCUCUACAGCAAGCGGCUUUGCUCCCGUCCAACUCUGCAGCUGCAGCUGCACUUAAUUUGCAAGCAUUGGAGUCCUAUUUGACACUGCAGCGUCUAACGUCUGUAUCGUCCGUUGGCAAUUCAAACCAAUCGAAUGUCACCGAGAAUAGUUCGACUUCAAAACAAGAUAUAUUAAGAAUAGCAACGGCAAGCGCUAAGAUAACCGAAGUCGAUGUAUCAGAAAAUACUAGAGAAUUUUCACCUAAAACUCCCGAGGAAUAUCCUUUAUCUGAUGCUAUUGCCGCUGAAGACGUUGAUUUAUCAGAAGAAGUCGAGGAGGACUUAGCUUUAUUAGACAAUGAAGACGAAUUCACUUUAGAACAACAUUUAGAAUCGACAUCAAAAGGUUACGGAUAUAGUCCACAAAAUUUAGACAAUGGAUACCCUAGUUUACUAAUGAACGCGAUGUACCAACAACAAAUGAACGGCAGUCCAACCCAGCCGCCUUUAUCUCCACAGCCUUCUAAUUCCUCGAGUUCAAAAUCAACAAACAGUUCCACAUCUUCAACGGGAAGUAGUAUCUCCAAUAAACAGAAGACAACAGGAAGCGGUCCUAGAACGAAGAAACAAUUUAUUUGCAAGUUUUGCAAUCGGCAGUUUACAAAAUCAUACAACUUACUAAUACACGAACGAACGCACACGGACGAGAGACCUUACUCAUGUGACAUUUGCGGCAAAGCUUUCCGACGGCAAGAUCAUCUCAGAGACCACAGAUAUAUCCACUCCAAGGAAAAGCCGUUCAAAUGCAUGGAAUGUGGCAAAGGUUUCUGUCAGUCCAGAACACUCGCUGUUCACAAAAUCUUACACAUGGAAGAAUCUCCACAUAAAUGUCCAGUUUGCAGCAGAAGUUUUAACCAACGUUCGAAUCUCAAGACUCAUUUAUUGACACACACAGAUAUCAAACCUUACAACUGUUCCUCGUGUGGGAAAGUGUUUAGGAGAAAUUGUGACUUAAGGAGACAUAGUCUAACACAUAAUCUUGUUGGAAUAUCAGUUAAUACUUCACCCAGUGGGUCUAAUGGAAAAAGUCCAAUAUUGAAUCCAAACUUUCCAAUCGACAGCUUAGAUACUGAAGAUGAAAAUUAAUGUAGUCAAUAUAUUGGAAAUAUCAGAAGCGGUUUUUUGAUUCUAUCAAGACUGAUUUAUGUAGAGAAGACAUGAAUUGCCUUCUCUCUUGUUACGUAUAAACAAAGUAUCUAAAAACAAAUUUGUUAUUAACAACUAAUUGACGCACGGAGUAUCGUAUUACGUUCACUACAGGAUACCUUUUAAAAGGAACUUCUUAAAUAUUGCAAGUCUCUAAGU